GCUCAGCAGCGUUCAGAUCGCAUCGAGAAUACGAGUAAAAAACACCAAAAGCAAGGUGCUAAGCGGCUACUGAUAACAAAAAGCAAUAUAGACAUCCAUCAUCAUCGGAAUCUAGAUCGGCAUCGCAUCGGAAUUUGUGUAAUCUGGACUUGACACUUCGCGAGUGCCUUAAACAAAUUGAAAAUUUGAACCCAAUUUGGAAUAAAGUGCGAAAGUGAUCCAGAACCAGAAGCAGAACCUGACACCAAACACCAAACACCAGAAUCAUUACACCUGAAAACCAUUAAACGGAACGGAACCUCAACGCCCCAAUCAAAAAGAUGUUUGCAUACAUUUGGCAAACUUCAGCUGUGAUCCUGCUCUUGGCGAUGGAUCUGAGUUUGACGGCCGCCCGGCCGCAGCUGCAAGAGGUCCCGCACGCGCUUCUGGACAUUGAGACACCCAAUCAGUUCAGCUACAGUCCCUCGCCGCUCCAGCAGCCGGACAGCCUGAGGUCCAAGCCGUACUUUGACUUCCUGAGCACACUUUAUGCCCACGAUACGGCCAAGUCGAAUCUGUUCCGCCCGUAUUCGGGACGCCCGCGUCGCGAUGCACUCAGCCCCAUCGCCAGCAAGAGCCAGAGCCACAGGCAGGAGCGUAAACGUCGCGCAAUCGUUUUCCGACCGCUGUUUGUCUACAAGCAGCAGGAGAUCCGGAAACAGGAAAUCAAGGACAGGCAGGCAGAGAGACGCAUUGACCAGCAGGCAAACUUCCGCCUGUAGUCGGCAGCCAUAAGGCAAGCAACCAAGGAUGCCAUGUCCAUUGGUCUUCUACAGGGUCCUCUAGCACUUAGCCUCUAUUGUGUCCUUAGCGUUAAGCAUAGCCCGCACAAAGCACCGCAGCACGACGAGCGGAGGAGAAAUCAUUUAUAAAUACAUAUAGUAAACGCCACUCGCACCAUCUCCACCUCCAGCACCCACCCAUCCGCUUAGAAUAAGUCCAGAUUAUUUGUUAUACAUUUUGUUACUGCAAUGUUUGAUUAAAGAUAACACAAUCGAUUUUGAUACGAAA